CCAGGGACCAUGGCCUCUGGCAGGGAGAUUGUGUUCCCCAUCUCGUCUUCUGGCCGAAGCACCGCCGAUACCCUCACUCCCAGUGCAUACGAGAGGGACCUCGAAUCCUACACACCAGAGGACACCACGGUCACCAACAGCCGGGAGCGCUUCGUGGUGCUGACAAUGAGCGUCCUGCUCCUCCUCAUCAGCGGUGCGCUCUUCGCCAUCCUCCUCACGCUGCUCUCAGACGACCUCUCGUUGAUCUCAACGGCAAUAAGUAAGCACACGCCUGACUUUUUACUGCCUUCUUUUCCCGUUAUAACAAAUAGCCUUCCCGUAAAUGGCGCUUUUACGCGCAUAGAAUGCAGCAUCAUAUUGCGCUAUGUGGUCACGAGAACGACUGCAGGCGCUCGGGAUGAACACCUGCAGUGUUCUCGCUGUCGCCUGCUGAAAGGAUUCAGCAGAUGCGUGCAGUACAGGGACAAUGACCACACAGGCUCGACCUACCGUGAAGUGCUGCUCACUGACGCUAACACGCAGCCAUUAUUUGCCGAAUAUGAUAGUCAGAGCAGCCUGAUCAGGGUCAGGGGUCCUGAUUGCACACAGCCUCAGAACAAGUGA